AUGAACUCUCGCGCGAUCUACGCCGUCAUCGCGAUCCUCGCGAUCGUAAUCUCAGCCGUCGACGCAAGCGGCGGCGGCUUCGGAGACUCGCUCGACUUUGUACGGACCGGAUCUUCCUUGCUAUUCUCUGGAUGCAAAGGAUCGAUCGCUGAGUGUAUAGCUGAAGAAGAGGAGAUGGAGUUCGAUUCGGAUAUCAGCCGGCGCAUUUUAGCUCAGAAGAAGUACAUUAGCUACGGUGCGAUGAAGAAGAACAGUGUGCCUUGCUCACGCCGUGGAGCUUCGUACUACAACUGCCAGCGUGGCGCUCAGGCGAAUCCUUACCGCCGUGGAUGCAGCACCAUCACGAGGUGCAAGCGUUGA